AUAACUACCAGACAAAGCUCUCUUUUCGCUUCCAUUUCUGACUUCAGUCACUCCUUAAACCAUUUGAAUACUAGCUGCCACUCCUUUCAGUGAACUUCAUUGCCAUUCCUUUUUAUACCCCCACACAAACCUUAAUUUUCGAUCGUUUGAAAUGGUUUCUCUUACUCUCGCUUUGUCUGCCCUUUUGGCCUUAGUACCCACCCUGUUUGCCUUUGACGCAUCACUGGACUCCAACGUUGCUGUAUACUGGGGACAGAACUCUGCUGGUUCUCAACAACCCCUCUCAUACUAUUGUCAAUCAGAUGCAGUUGAUAUUGUUAUUUUGUCCUUCCUUGAUUCCUUCCCAAAAAUGGGAUUGAACUUUGCCAAUGCAUGCACCACCAGAUUUGAUGAUGGUCUUCUCAAAUGUGAUGCCAUUGCUGCUGACAUAAAGACUUGUCAAGCUGCCGGAAAAAUUGUUUUACUUUCUAUGGGUGGUGCUUCUGGUAAUUACGGCUUUAGCUCUGACUCUCAAGCUACUGCCUUUGCUGAAACUUUAUGGAACACCUUCGGUGCUGGUACUACUUCUGAAAGACCAUUUGGUGAUGCUAUUGUUGAUGGAUUUGAUCUUGACUUGGAAAACAAUGCUCAAACGGGAACUGUUGCCCUUGGUAAGGCCUUGAGAACCUGGUUUGCCAAAGACUCUUCCAAGAACUACUAUCUUUCUGCUGCUCCACAAUGUCCAUACCCAGAUGCAUCUGUUGGUGACUUCCUUGCUGGUGCCGAUGUUGACUUUGCAUUCAUUCAAUUUUACAACAACUACUGUAGUCUCGGAUCUAACUUCAACUGGGACACUUGGGUCAACUUUGCUCAAAACACUUCUCCAAACAAGAACAUUAAGCUUUAUAUGGGAUUGCCCGGUGCACCAUCUGCCGCUGGCUCUGGUUAUGUGACUUCUGAUGUUGUUUCAAAGUACAUCUCUACCAUUUCUGGUGCUCAAUUGGGUGGAAUUUCUUUGUGGGAUGCUUCUCAAGCUUGGGCUAAUACUGAUAGUAGUGGUGUAAACUUUGCUCAACAAAUGAAGAAUCUUUUGGGUGGAUCUGACUCUACUUCUAAUACUUAUACCGCUACUUCUACCAGUGUUACCACUGCUACUGUUGACCGUACCACCACUAUCAAUGGUUCCCAAACUGUUAUUGAAGCUAAGUCUACUACCACAUAUACCACUGAAGCUAAGCCAACUACCACCUCUACCACUGAAGCUAAGCCAACUACUACAUCUACCACUGAAGCUAAGCCAACUACUACAUCUACCACUGAAGCUAAGCCAACUACUACAUCUACCACUGAAGCUAAGCCAACCACCACCUCUACUACUGAAGCUAAAUUAAUUGAAUCUACCCCUGCUUCAUCGGAAACAACCUCUAAGACUUCCACUGAAGCCACUACUGAAACUCCUUCUGAAACUACUGCUGAAUCUGCUACUGAAUCUGCUACUGAAUCUGCUACUGAAUCUGCUACUGAAUCUGCUACUGAAUCUGCUACUGAAUCUGCCUCUAAAAUCGCUUCUGAAACGGUUGCUGAAUCAGUCUCAGCUUCUGUCUCCACUUCAAUUGAACCAGUUCAAACUUCUGCAGUUGCAUCUUCUAGUGCUGAAGUUAAUAAGAUUGUUGUACCAACUUCUUCUUCUUCUUCCUCUACUCCAGCUGCUUCUUCUCAGACAACCGCAGUUGUUAGUGAAUCUGAAGUAUCCGCAAUUCCAUCUCCAACUGAAAAUGAUGAUGGGGAUGAUGUCGUUUACGUUACCCUUCACACAAAGGUAAACUUUGUUUCAACAUCAACUGCCUUACAGGUUAACCAACCAUCGGUUGUAACCCUGUACACUAAUACCCGUACCACUAUGAAAACCGUUACCAUUAUGAAUAAGACCACCUACGAAACAUUGGUAGCUUCGCCUACUCAAGCCGCCAAGCGUCGGUGGUUCUAAGAAGAAUGAUCCCUAAUUCUUUGCCCCAUAAUGACCUUAAUGACUAUACGUGUUUACUAUAAU